AUCACUCUCACUUAGUUCAGCGGCAAGAAGCAAAAACUUCUCCACUGCACUUCAUCUUCAAUCUCCUAAAAAAAAUGUCUUCACUUUCUCUCUCCUCCACUCUCUCUCCUCACUUCCUCCCUCAAACCCCAUCUUCUUCUUCCCUCAAAUUCCGCCAAUCUUUCUCAAAAUCCCCUUUUUUCAAACCUAAUUUUCAUAUUUCUUCUCCCACUCUUCGCUCAACUACCCCUCAAUCUUCCCUUCAACUCCAGUCAACAACCCUAAAUUCCCCAAGUUUCCAGCCCAUCAAUCUUGGGCUCGAUGAUAUUGGGCUGGGCCCAAUCAUGGGUUCGGCCACACAGACACCGGAGACGUCCAUGAGAGGUGCAGAAGCUGAUGUAAUGGGCCUGCUUUUGAAAGAAAGGAUAGUGUUUUUGGGAAGUGGAAUUGAUGAUUUUGUUGCGGAUGCAAUCAUUAGUCAGUUGCUUUUGUUGGAUGCUCAAGAUCAUACUAAGGAUAUUCGUCUUUUUAUUAAUUCUCCUGGUGGUUCUCUAAGUGCAACGAUGGCCAUCUUUGAUGUUGUGCGGCUUGUGCGCGCAGAUGUGUCUACACUUGCUCUUGGAAUUGCUGCAUCAACCGCUUCAAUAAUUCUUGGUGCUGGGACUAAAGGGAAACGUCUCGCAAUGCCCAAUGCAAGAAUAAUGGUUCAUCAACCUCUUGGAGGUGCUAGCGGCCAAGCAAUUGAUGUCGAAAUUCAAGCCCGGGAAAUCAUGCAUAACAAGAAUAAUAUUACAAGAAUUAUUUCUGAGUUUACUGGCCGGCCUUUUGAAGAAAUAGAAAAAGAUAUUGAUAGGGAUCGUUAUAUGUCUCCUAUUGAAGCUGUUGAAUAUGGGUUGAUUGACGGGGUUAUUGAUAGAGACAGCAUUAUUCCACUUGAACCUGUUCCAGAUAAAGUGAAAUCCACAUUCAACUAUAUGGAGAUCAGUAAAGAUCCUAAAAAGUACUUGACACCAGAAAUCCCUGAUGAUGAAAUAUACUAGCUUCCAGGAGUGGCAGCCAUGAAGCAGUCUUGUUUGACGUUCCCUCAAUGUUACUUGACAGAUCUCUGCUGCAGAAGAAAUUGGAUGGCAAGUUCAUGACGAUGCUGCAUAUUAGUGGAGUGAGGAAGAUUCUUCAACUGUGCGACUGAGUUGGUUUUUGAUUAGUGCAUAGCUGCAUAGAAUGAAACUUUCUCUCUUUAUGGGGGAGCUAGUGGAUUAAAAUCUUAUGUAAAAUGACCAGAACUGGUUUCUAUUCUUCGAAGCAUGGUGGGAAUUUGAAGUAGAGAUAGUAACCUGCUGAAUAUACUUGAAGGAUGCAACUGGUCUUCACUGUUUUUACUUCAUUUUUGUGAUAUCAAUUCAAAGGGAUCAUUGAUUGAAAAAUGAUUCUAUUCUUUA